AUGUUUAAUGGAUCAAGCACUUAUGAUGGAGGAGGAGCUGGAAUAGUCAUCAUUUCACCAAAGGGGAGAAAAACCACAUUUUCUUUCUUAUUGGAUUUCAAGUGUACAAAUAACCAAGCUGAGUAUGAGGCGCUAAUUAUUGGGCUAGAAAUCCUAUUAGAGCUAAAAGUGGAGAAGGUCCAGAUUAUUGGAGAUUCAAAUUUGAUACUCAGCCAACUUUCUGAAGAAUAUAGGUGUCUUAAUUGGCAUUUGAGGCCUUUCCAUUCUUUGGCUUUGGAAUUACUUUGCCAGUUUGAUGACUUCCAACUCAAAUAUUGGCCAAGACAUUUGAAUACGGAGGCUGAUGAUUUAGUACAGCUAGUUUCCAGAGUGAAAGUCCGACCGGGUAUAGAAGAAACUUUGAUCACAAUCAAAAGAAGGAUUAUUCCUUCUAUAGAGUCACGGUAUGAGAUGACAGGUUGUUUCCAAGCUGAUGAGUCAGAAAGGAUCAAGCCUGCCAAGAAAGCAUGGGAGAUUUUCAAUGUUGAUAUAGAUGGCUUAGACUUGGAAGAUUGGAGAACACCAAUCAUCCAUUUUUUACAGAAGCCUAGUACCAACGUGGACAAGCGAAUUCAGCUUUUGACACCUCAUUAUAUUCUGAUUAAUGGAGAUCUCUACAAGAAGAGUAAAGAAGAUGGACUUUUGCUCAGAUGCCGUGGUAGGGAUGAAUCCAUGAGAGUAAUGACAGAAUCGCACCUUGGAAUAUGCGGAGCACACCAAGCUGGAAUCAAGAUGAGGUGGCUUCUUAGAAGGUAUGGUUAUUAUUGGAAAGGUAUAUUAAAAGACUGCAUAGAGUUUGCAAAAACCUGCAUUGCAUGUCAAGAACAUGGCCCGAUCCAGAGAGUUCCAGCUAUAAACAUGCAGCCAAUAGUAAAAAUAUGUCCAUUCAGAGGGUGGGCUUUAGACUUCAUUGGAAAGUUAAGGCUAUCAUCUGCAGAUGGUCACACUUAUAUGGUAGUUGCAACAGAUUAUUUCACUAAGCGGGUGGAGGCCAUUCCAUUAAAGACUUAUGAGCAACCAACAAUCAUUAGUUUCAUCAAGAAGCACAUUAUACACAGAUUAGGGAUUCCAGAGACUCUCACCACAGAUAGAAGCCUUUCCUUCAUUGGAAGUGAGGUUAUUGACUAUUGUGCUGAAUGUGGCGUUCAAGUAAUCAGUUCUACUCCAUAUUUUGCCCAAGCAAAUAGAUAG